AUGGAAAGAGGUUGCAUUAAAAGGCAAGUUCUGGCUUUUUUUCUCUGUCUGAAUAUUCUUUGUCUAGAAAUGUGUGAGUCUUUGCGCUAUUCAGUGCCUGAAGAAAAGAAAACUGGAUUUCUAGUAGCUAAUGUGCUGAAAGACUUAAAAAUAGAUGUAAAAGAAUUAUCUGCUAGGAAAGCCAAGCUUGUUCCAAAGGGCUCUAAAGAGUAUUUCCUGCUGGAUCUUCAUUCUGGGAACCUAAUAUUAAAGGAUACAAUUGACAGAGAGGUUCUGUGUGGUCAGAAUGAGCCCUGUAUUCUAUUCUCUGAAAUUGUGCUAGAAAAUCCAUUAGUGCUACAUGGAAUUGAAGUUGAAGUAGAAGAUGUGAAUGAUAAUGUUCCCAAAUUCUCUAAAACGGAGUUCCUUUUUGAAAUAUCUGAACACAUUCCAACAAAGACCAGAUUCCCUUUGGAAAGGGCUGAAGAUUUAGACAAAGGAGAAAAUAAUGUUCAGAAUUAUACACUUUCUCCUAAUGAACACUUUAAACUAGAAGUGCAAACUCACACUGAUGGUAGCAAAUAUGCAGAACUGAUUUUAGAGAAAGCAUUAGACCGUGAGACGAUUCCUCAGAUUACCCUAAUUUUACAAGCAGUGGAUGGAGGGUUUCCAAGGAGAACUGGUGUAGUGCAAAUAAUAAUUGAUAUUUUAGAUGCAAAUGAUAAUGUCCCUCACUUUGAACAAUCUGUGUACAAGGUGCAGCUUGUGGAAAACAGCCCUCCAGGUUUAUUGGUCACUAAAAUUGCAGCCAGUGAUGGUGAUAAAGAUGCCUAUGCUCACAUUACUUAUACUUUUAGCCAAGUACCAGGAAAUGUGCUCAGAUCAUUCAAUUUAAACAAUCAUACUGGAGAAAUUACUCUUGUAGGGAAAAUUGAUUAUGAAGAAAAUAGCAAAUAUGAACUGAAUAUCAAAGCCACAGAUGGAGGGGGAUUGUCUGCUUACUGCAAAGUCCAGGUGGACAUUGAAGAUGAGAAUGACAACGCCCCAGAAAUAAACCUAUCGUCUGUCAUUAAUCCCAUACCAGAAGAUUCUCCCCCAGGAAUAGUGGUGGCCCUCUUUGGUGUCAGAGAUCAAGACUCUGGGUACAACAGCAGAACUAUCUGCAACAUUGAUUCAAACUUGCCCUUUAGCCUAAAAUCCACAAAGAACAAUAAUUACCAGCUUGUGACUCAACAGCCAUUGGACAGAGAAAAAAUGUCACAAUAUAACAUCACCAUCAUAACCACUGACCAAGGCUCUCCCAGUCUCACUUCAAUGAAAAUUAUUACUAUUGAUAUUUCAGAUGUCAAUGACAACCCUCCAGAAUUUGAAAGAUCUUUCUAUGAUUUCCACUUGAGAGAAAAUAACAUUCCAGGUUUGCUCAUUGGAUCAGUCCAUGCUGCAGAUGUGGACACAGAAGAGAAUGCCAAAGUAACCUACUCUCUUUUGUUUGGAAAGAUCAGGGAAGAGCCUGCAUCAUCUUAUAUCUCCAUUAACUCUGAAACUGGGAACUUGUAUGCCAUUCGAACUGUGGAUUAUGAGGAUAUACAGGAUUUCCAGGUGAUGGUGAGGGCUGUAGACAAGGGCUCCCCUCCACUGAGCUCAGAAAUAAUGGUCCGAGUUCUUAUCAUGGAUGAAAAUGACAAUGUCCCCUUCAUCCUCUGCCCCCUUCAGAACAGCACUUCUCCAUCAAAUGAUCUGGUUCCCCGGGGAGCAGAGACAGGCUACCUAGUCACCAAAGUGGUGGCAGUGGACAGAGAUUCAGGGCAGAAUUCUUGGCUUUCCUAUCAACUGCUGAAGGCCACAGAUCCAAGUCUCUUUGCUGUUGGGACUCAGAAUGGAGAGGUGAAAACCAUGAGGCCAAUGAAUAUCCGAGACAGUUUCAAGCACACUCUUAUUGUGGCAGUUAGGGAUAAUGGGCAUCCUCCUCAGUCUGUCUCUGCAACCCUAAAAAUUCUUCUAGUGGAUGGCUUCUCUGAUCCUUAUAUGAAGAUUAUGGCUAAACCUAAGGGUGAAGUCCCACAAGAGGUAGAUCCUACUCUAACAAUGUAUUUGAUUAUCUGCUUAGUUGCCAUCUCAUCCAUUUUUCUGCUUUCUGUCAUGGUGUUUAUUGCAACCAAGUUUCAGAAGCGAAGGAAGUUCAUAGGAAGUUCUCAUUCUGCAUCAAAUUUCCCUGUGGAACAAAAUGUGCAAGAAAAUUGUGGAGAUUGUGCUUCUGACACAUAUUGUCAGGCCUAUAAUUAUGAAAUAUGUUUAGCUGGUGGGUCUUUAAAUAGUGAGUUCAGAUUCCUCAAGCCAGCGUUCCCCAUUUUUUCAAUGGAUCCAAGGAAUUCAACAGUCUCUCAGGAUACUAAAACUCAUGUCAAGGAAAAUGAACUGAUCUCUCAGGUGUGA